UCUGAACUUUCAAAAUCAGUCUAAACCCUUCCAAGGCAAAAUGAAGAUUUCCUUAGCUGUUAUUGGACUUUUCCUGGCUUUCUUCUGCAGUUCGCAAGUCAUUACCUCAGCUUUUUUCUUUGAAAGGCCGUCAACCAUUUUCUGCACUUUUUUUCCCGAUUUCAUUUUGUGUCCCAGCAAGGACAAGGGCUCAGAUGGAUCUGGUUCUGGUGGAUCAGGAGGAUCGAGUGGUGGAAAUGGAACUGCAGCUCCUGGAAAUGGAACUGCUGGUAACUCCACCAACUUGUAGUACCACCUGAACUAUUCGAUUGAUCUGAAAAUCAAAGGUUUCCUGGCUUCAUGUAUAUUAUUGUGAAAUUUAUCCCUUACUUUUUGCGCCUGGCAUGCCAAUUCCCCUAAUAAACACUUUCCGAAUAUAAAAUUGCAAAAA